AGAAGCUCCGCACAGACACCCACGUGGCAACCAUCUCCCCGCCAGUUCUUUCCUUUCCCCUUUCAACGGAUCUUCCCUUCCCCGUCUCUGGGGCUGGAGUCGGCGGCAGGAUGGGAUGGAGAGGCAGGCGCGCGUCUCUGGCGCCGCCUCCUCCUCCUCCUCUCCCGAAGGGGUGGGGAGGCUGCCCGCGCAUCAUCAUCACCUCCUCCUCCUCGAUCAUCCUCAUCGCAGCAGCGCACUGCACUGUGGGCUAACAUGGCAGCUUCCUGCCCCACUCUCGGCUCCCCACUCCUUUGACAGCCCUCAGCGGGCGCUUGUGGGGCUGCGCUCCUCUGCGGCUUUUCGGCGUCUGGCCCCGACCCUCCGCUGGCCAUGGAGAAGAGCUCCAGCUGCGAGAGCCUGGCGUCCGCCAAGCAGGCUUCGGCCACCCGGCAGCCCAGCAUGGACUCUCUCUCCAGUGCUUCUACCUCUCAUUCGGAUCAUUCAGCACAUACAAAAUCAGCUUCUGUUGUCUCAUCAGAUUCCAUCUCCACCUCCACGGAAAACUUUUCUCCAGAUUUAAGGGUCCUCAGGGAAUCUAAUAAAUUGGCUGAAAUGGAAGAGCCUCCCUUGCUACCUGGAGAAACCAUUAAGGACAUGGCAAAAGAUGUUACUCAUAUCUGCCCAUUUACUGGAGCUAUUAGAGGAACCCUGACAGUUACAAAUUACAGGCUAUAUUUUAAAAGCAUGGAAAGGGAUCCGCCUUUUGUUCUAGAUGGUCCUCUGGGAGUGAUCAACAGAGUAGAGAAAAUUGGAGGAGCUUCCAGCCGUGGUGAAAAUUCAUACGGACUCGAGAUUGUGUGUAAGGAUGUUCGGAACUUGCGGUUUGCCCAUAGACCCGAGGGCCGUACAAGAAGAUCCAUAUUUGAAAACCUAAUGAAAUACGCUUUUCCAGUGUCGAAUCAUUUGUCCCUUUUUGCAUUUGAAUAUAAAGAGGUUUUCCCAGAAAAUGGCUGGAAGCUAUAUGAUCCUGUUUCAGAAUAUAGAAGACAGGGAAUUCCUAACGAAAGCUGGAGAAUGACCAAGAUUAAUGAGCACUAUGAGCUCUGUGACACCUACCCCUCCCUCCUAGUGGUUCCUGCCAAUAUUCCGGAUGAGGAGCUAAAGAGAGGGGCCACCUUCCGAUCAAGAGGGCGGAUACCUGUUUUGUCCUGGAUUCACCCAGAAAGCCAAGCCACAAUCACUCGCUGCAGCCAGCCGAUGGUUGGAGUGAGCGGCAAACGGAGCAAAGAAGAUGAGAAAUACCUGCAGUCCAUCAUGGACUCUAAUGCCCAGUCCCACAAAAUCUUCAUCUUUGAUGCCAGACCAAGUGUGAAUGCUGUCGCCAAUAAGGCUAAAGGAGGAGGUUACGAAAGUGAAGAUGCUUAUCAAAAUGCAGAGCUGGUUUUUCUGGACAUCCAUAAUAUCCAUGUUAUGAGGGAGUCAUUGAGGAAACUAAAGGAGAUUGUAUACCCCAACAUAGAAGAGACUCAUUGGUUGUCUAAUUUGGAAUCCACUCACUGGCUAGAACAUAUUAAGCUGAUUCUCGCUGGUGCUCUUCGGAUCGCUGACAAGGUCGAAUCAGGGAAGACCUCGGUGGUUGUGCACUGCAGCGAUGGCUGGGACCGAACUGCCCAGCUCACGUCUCUGGCCAUGCUCAUGCUGGAUGGCUACUUCAGAACGAUACGAGGUUUCGAAGUGCUGGUGGAGAAGGAGUGGCUGAGUUUCGGGCACAGAUUCCAGCUGAGGCUAGGCCACGGAGAUAAGAAUCACGCAGAUGCAGACCGAUCUCCUGUUUUUCUCCAGUUUGUUGACUGUGUCUGGCAGAUGACAAGACAGUUUCCCACAGCGUUUGAAUUCAACGAGUGCUUUCUGAUCACCGUUCUGGACCACCUCUACAGCUGUUUGUUUGGGACAUUCCUGUGUAAUAGCGAGCAGCAGCGGGUGAAAGAGGGCCUUCCAAAAAAGACGGUGUCGCUGUGGUCCUAUAUAAACAGCCAGCUUGAAGACUUCACAAAUCCUCUGUAUGCCAGCUAUACUAACCAUGUCCUGUAUCCUGUGGCUAGCAUGCGCCACCUAGAGCUUUGGGUUGGGUACUACAUCCGAUGGAAUCCACGGAUGAAACCGCAGGAGCCGGUGCACAAUCGUUAUAAGGAACUCCUGGCGAAACGGGCGGAGCUUCAGAAGAAAGUGGAGGAGCUCCAGCGAGAAAUCACCAACCGUUCCACUCCGUCCUCUGAGAGAGCUGGCUCUCCUGCCCAGUGCGUCACCCCGGUCCAGACUGUUGUGUAACACAGGACAGACUCUGGGUUUAUAAAACCCUCCAGAACCGUGUCAAAAUGGCAGCUUUUCUCAAAAAGGAAGAGUACAAGAGAAACCUCUCAGUUUAGAAGGCAACAUCCUGGAGGAACACUAUUUAUUAUGCUUCAUGCCUCCAAGGUAUUUUGUUAUUAUCUAUAACACUACAGGAAAUGAGAGCUUUUUUUUUUUUUUUUUUUGCUUUUAAAAAAAAUUCAUUUUAAGGCCUGUUACACAGUUUAACCUCCUUGGGGACUGAUUAUGAAGGAUGGCCUUCCAAGACAAAAGGAGGGCACUUAUUUGUUCUGCUCAAGGUAUCAAGAGGUCGUUGUUGCUUUGGACUGAAGAAUGGUUGUUUUUGGCACUGAAAGCUUACAGACUUCUGGUCACGGGGCCUGAAUCCAAAGGCCCCCAUGGUGGGGUGCCUAAUGCAUGCAGCAGGGCUGCAGAUCUUCCCUCCAGGGGCGGAUCUACCAUGUGGUGGCCACGUGCAGCGAAUGGGGCUGGGGCCAGGUAGGGAUGCCGGAUGGGGCGGGGGGAGCUGCGCAUCACCUGCUCUUCAGCCUCUCUCCGCCCUUACUGGCGCUAUCAAAGAGCCAGCAGGUGGGCUGACGGCGUCACUGCCCAGCAGCAAAGCAUACAUCAGGCGGUGACAUCAUUAUCCUGUGCGCUGGAUCUUUGCCAGUUCCAAUGAGGGCAGAGACAGGGAGGCAGGUGGGGCCCAUGGAGGGAGGGAGAUUGGUGAGGCAGAGGCUAGCAGCGGUGGUGGCCGGAGCAGGUGCCGCCCAAGCAUCUAGCCGCCCACGUUGCUGCCCUAGUGCUUUCCUCCCCACUUUCCCAACAAGCUCCUCCCCAAAACGUGAAGGAAUUCUGAAGCGCACGGCAACACAGUACAAACGGGUGCAGUCCAGGGGCAGGAAGGAAUGGGACCUCCUGGGGUGUGUGCACCCUUAUGCACAGCUAAGGUGUUCUUUUGGGUUCUGGCCAUUGUCAACAAAGGGCGCUUUUUUGGGGGGGGUCUCUUAUAACAGGAAAAAAGGGUUUCUGAAAAAGGGAAACAGAGAAGCCAAAUCCUGUCAUGUUCAGCAUUUAAGGCAGAGACAGACAGAAAUCAGCAGUGAUCUCCCAGCAAAGAUGACCGCCAUAGCCCAGUUCAGACUUUAUGUUGUAUGAGUGUACAGAUGUCAGUACCCUUGCGCAUGUGGUUGUGUGAAUGGCUGUACCUGCAUUCAUUAUAAAAGGGAACCUGGGUACAGGGCCUUCAAAUGCAUGGUACAGGUAGGAGGUGUACUGCUGCACUUGUAUUCAGCAUACCGGGUUGUCAGACUGCCAGGGGGAUGAGGUGGGCUCCUGGCCCUUCUUGCCCUCCAGGUUGACUGGGUAGGCACAGAAAAGGUCAGUCUCAGGAACGGCCAGGGGAGGAGGUGAGCUUGUCACCUGAGUCCUCCUCCUGGCUUGCUGCAUUCAGCCAGUUCCCUCUCCUGGGGAACUGCUGGCUCCCAUACUCAGAAGCAGCCCUCAUCAUUGGCUGCCUUGUCUUUAAAUGCCCAAGUUCAGAGCUGACAGGGCUUCAAGCCUACUUCCAGCCCAGCCCCCUUCCUGACUUUGCUACCUGUUUCCUGCCCUGCCCAACCUCACUGUCUCCCUGGAGCUGUUCCCUGCAGCUCCUCCUGCCUUGCCCUCUCAACCCUACUGGGAUCCAACCAGCCUGGGCCCUUCACACCCCCGCCGUCCUCUGAAGGGAACGGAGGCCCCACAGGAGGGAUGCCACGCCCUCCUCCAGACUCCACAGGGCUACACAGGCCAGCGGCUAACAUGGCAUCCCAACAUGUGUGAAUGACUGUACCUGUGUACACUGAACACUCAUACGAGCAUCCUGUGUGAAUGGGGCUGCUGUCUGUGCCACAUGGGUACAUCUUUGAACAGGCAUGAAGCAAGCUUUCUGGGCAUGCCUGUUCAAAGGAGACGCUGAUGGAUGUGGGUACAUUGCCAUAGGCUUGGCAUCGGGAGUUGUCUCCAGUGUUCCCUGUAACAGGGAUUCCCAGAAGUUGUUGACUACAACUCCCAUAAUCCCCAACCAAAGGCCACUGCAGCUGGGGAUGAUGGGAGCUGUAGUCAGCAACCUCUGAGAACUCCCUAUUCCCAGGGAAUACUGGUUGGCAUCAUUGGCCCCUUGCCAAAGCCCACGCAGCUGCCAACCCCGGGGACCCUCCCAGUCCCUGGCUGAAGUGACGGGGGCGAGGAGCAGGAAUGGGUGCUGGGCUCUUCUUCUGUGGGCAAUACAGAUUUGGCCCAGAGUGGGGAAGGCAAGCAUGUGGACAGCAAUGCCAGAGGCUGUGCCGGCUGAAGACCUCCAUGCGCCUGAGGCAGGGUGCCAAAUGCCACCCCACACACGCAUCCUCCUCUCUAUCUUUCCCCCUUUUUUAAAAAAGGGGCGGGCAGGAAAGCAUCUUGCUGCCCUGCCGACUCCCCCGUAAUCUGCUGCCUGAGGAGACUGCCUCACCUCGCCUCAUGGAAGGGCUGUCCCUGAGUGGAGUGGGGGCAAGAAGGGCCCCACUCAGGGAUAGGGGCCCCCUGGUGGGAUCUUGCCUCCUCUCCCCGCAAAACCCUUGAGCUGGCACUGCAUGGCCACCAGCUUUACUGAGGGAUUUCUUCGCAGUAAGGAAGCAGCGGGAGCAUCCGCAGCAUACAGGUGGGCCCCGGCCGACGCCCUGCCAUCUGCUGACUUGGAAAGCAAUAUCAGCCGCUAGCAACAUUCAUCAGUGUGCCGCCAACAGACCAGUAAAUUCCCUUUUGACUUGGAGAAUCAUACAAUGGCUCUGUCUAAAGGUUUGUUCUCCUAUCAUUUUUAUUUUUAAAAAGACAAAGGGAAAUUGUUGCAGGUUUUUGAAGCUUUAUACUCACGAAGACCCAGGUACUAUUAGCUGGCAACGCUGUAUAAAUAUAGUUAACCACAUUCUGAUGCUAAAGCAAUGCCUUAUGUAACAGGAAUAGAAUAGAAAUGUCUUAUUGUUUGGAAGUGUCUUGAGCAGGGUUUCCACAUGGCACCCCUUUGUCCCUUCCCUUUAGACAAUCACAGAGUUGGAGGAGGUUUUAGAGGCCAUCUUGUCUAGCCCCUGUGCUUGACGCAGAAAGACCAGGGUGAGAAUAUCUGCAACAGAUGGUUUUCCCAGCCUCUGAAGACCUUCAGUGAGGGCGAGCCUAGCCCUCUUACUAGGUGAAUAUAGCUCUUGUCAAAAUGCUCUUAUCUUUAAGAAGUUUCUCCGAAUAUUCAGUCCAGAUCUACCCUCCUAUAUCUCAAGCCCAUUAGAUUUUGCCAUGCCCUCUGGGACAGCAAAGAACAAGCUUUGCCCUCUUCUUAUAUUAACAGCCCUUCAGCUGUUUGAAGAGUGCUUCGUGUCUCUCUUUAGUCUUCUCUUCUCCAAGCUAACCAUGCCCAUUCUUUCCAUCUUUCCUUGCUGGGCUUGUUUUCAAGACCCCUCAUCAUUUUUGUUGCCCUUCUUUGAAUCCGUUCCAGUUUGUCUGCAUCCUUAUAAUGCAGCAACCAGAACUGGACACAGUUUUACAGAUGAGGUCUGACUAGAGUAGAAAUGAAACUGAACUAUUACUUCUUGUGACUUGGAAACGAAUGGUAAUCACAUUAGCCCUUUUUGCAGCUUUAGCAUGCUGGCAGCUCAAAUGCAGCUUGUGAUUGCCUGCAAGUUCCAAGCUCCUCUUUACAUGUGCUACUGCCCAGUCUGGUGUCUCCCCACCCUACACCUAUGAAUUUUAUUUAUUUAUUUUGGGGCGCAGGCCCAGUUUUCCAUUCAGUGAAGGACAUUUUGGAUUUUAUUCUCAUCUUCUCAGGUGUUAAUUAUCUUGCAGAUCUGAUGGGAAUUCCCCCCACCCCAUCUAAGUCAUUGAUAAAAAUGCUAAAGAAUAACACGCCCAGGACAGAACCCUCCGACACCCCUCUUGAAACUUCUCCCAAGUUUGAUGAGGAGCCAUUGAUGAGCACUCUCUGAAUAUGGUUUCCUGACCCAUCUGACAAUAUUAUAAGCCAGCCCAUAUCUGACUAACUUGUUAACCAAAAUAUCUUGGGGAACUUUGUCAAAUGCUUUGCUGAAAUAAUGAUAAAUCACAUCCACAGCAUCCCCUCAAUCCACUAAGCUCAUUACCCAACUGAAAAAAAGAGAUUAGUCUGGCAGGAUUUAUUCUUGACAAAUCCAUGCUGGCUCGUAAUCAUCACUCCAUUGUUACUGGCGCUGCAGACAAUCACAUAUCUUGGUUUGGUGAAAGUAGCCAAGUUGAGCCAGGGGUAUGCCCCCUGGCCAGGUCUCCUGGAAAGGCCCUGGGUGCUGUCGCAGACUGCCUUGCAUCACCUCUGUCAUUGGUCCCAAUGGCAAAGGUGGUGGUGGGGAGGGGUCCUCACCUGGCUGAUUAAGAGUGUGGGUUCAAACAUAACAUGCAUCUCAGUGAGAGCAGCACUUGAUUUUGCAAGCCAGCUUCAAGUCUUGGUUACACAUCUCAGUUUGAGGCCCCGAGUAAACCUCAGGUUUCUGCCUGGCUUGGGCUCACUGUCACAGACAAGUCAGUGACCAACUUUGCAAGUAGAUCCUAUGUUAUGUAUGAAAGGCACUCUUGCACAAGAGCACAAAUACUUUGGGAGCUUCCCCAGACUCUGGAAGUGCUCUGUUAGAGCACAUUGUUGUGCUUCCCAAGCACAGGGAAAGCGCUGAAGGUAUCUGCGCUCCUGCACAAGAGCGCUCACACUUCAGAAAUGUGGGGACUCGCACAUGGGCUGCAUGCGUGGUGACUGAAGCACAUGCCCAGUGGUAGUCAGGGUGUCAGCUAGAGGCUGACAUACCACGCAGCCUGCUGUGCACCCAAGAGAGAGGUGAGCUCACUGGGUGCAUAGGACUUACCAGUGCAUGGGUGCCUCUACUGAUGGUCGCAGAGGCUCCAAGCAUCCUGAGUGUUGUAUCUGAGCAGCUGUGACCAUCAUUCAGUGUCCAUGCAUGCAGCCGAUGAGAUCGCAUUCCUUUUAGGUGCACAGUUGGCUGGUGAUAUGUAAACCACUUGUCCCUAGACCCCUCAGCUAUAUUCAUCCUUGGUAAUCUGUUGUUUCUUCCUUCCUUCCACACGUUUGACUACAUUCACCUUUCACUUCCCAUAAGAGCAAGAAUGUCAGCAUUACACCAUCACUUUCCCCCAAAGUUCCCACUACUUCAACCUCAUUCAUCAGUUCUUCCCUACUGUGAUCUGCUGAUCAGCAUCGCUCCUCCCUCCUCCCUUCUGAAUGAGGAAGUUGUCUGCAAAGCUGUGGAGAGCCAGCAUGGUUCUAUGGUUAGUGUGUUGCACUAGAUCUGGGGGGGACACCUGUUUUCAAACCCCCACUCAGCCAUGAAACUCACUGGGUGUCUCUGGACCAGUUGCUUCUCUCCCAGCCUAACCUACCUCACAGGGUUGUUGUGAGGAUAAACAUACACGUGUACACUGCUCUGGGCUCCUUGGAGGAAGAAUACGAAUAUGGAUAUGAAAAUGAGGAAUAUUUUUAUACCGGCUUCAACAAAAGUUCCCAGAGUGGUCCACAUAGAUAUAAAUAAAUAAAUGGCUCCCUGUCCCCAAAGGCCUGUCCCCAGUCUAAGACAGAAGCAUAAGAUAGACACCAGCAACAGCCACUGGAGGGAUGCUGUGCUAGAGAUGGAUAGGGCCAGUUGUCCUCCCCUUGCUAAAUAAAGAGAAUCACCACUUUUAAAAGGUGCCUCGUUGCACAGUUAGCAGGGGACGGAAGAGUGGGGUAUAUGUGUAAAAAUAAUAAAUAGAUCCUCUAACCUAAGCACUAAUAAUAGCAAUGAUCCUCAGUUGCUACAACACUAAGGUCAACACUAGCUAAAGGGCUCCGUCAAUCUGUGCCCUCCUUUCCUCCACCUACUAGCUCCCCUCUGGCUUCUGUUGCAACAGUUGGCACAUCGAAUAGCUACAAGGCUUGACAAGAUAGUGAUGAAUUCCAGCUUUUGUGACUUUGCAAAUGGGUAAAUAUUUAUGUUCACUCCCCGACUCCCCACCUCACUAGAGCAACAUUAUUAGAUUUGUGAAGAUCUUUUUGCAGGUGAGGAGAGGGGGAUACAGUAUAUGAAAAUUAAAGUUGCAUUGUGAACUGGUAGCCACAUGGUGGCACACGUUUGCUUUCUGACAGUCUCUAAUAAUACCCUAUUUACCUGAAUUCAGACUAGAUUUUUCCCCCCAAGUCCUUUUGAUGUUAGAAAUCGGGGGUUGUCUUAAAUCCAAAGUCAUGUUCCAUUUGGGUAAAUACAGUAUCUAAGGCAUUGUUGUGGUGACUUGGAAAGGGGGUGUCCCAUUUUUGACAGGUACAUCUUUUUUCCAGUCCUGUAGUGCUCAGUGACUAUGUGUGCGUGCUUAUUUCAUGAUAUAUAGACACACACACAAUCAUAAAGGCUUACCGUUUGAAAUAAAGUAGCCUCCGAUCUCCAUUGCAAGAGACACGCCAAUAGCAUUGCAUUAGAAUUUAUCUCUGCUGAAAGGCAUCAACUGUACAAAACAAACAAAUAUUGAGUUGGUUCAAUAUGACAAGGCAUUCUGGGCACACAGGUAGGACAAACCAGAGUGCUGGGAGCAAAAGGUCACCGUGUGUUGCCUGUUAAACAUUGACUAGUGAAUUCGGACUCCAUAUAGAUAUUGGUAACUUUGACUUACAUACUGUGUAGCAUUCUGCCAGCGUUCUGGGCACUGCAGGAACUGCUGCAUGCUCAUAGCACAGUGUGUACACAGCUGUGCAAUAGCACUCGUGCACCAAAGCAGGGAAUUACACAAACCUAGUUCAGCAAUGGAUGUCCAUCAGGUAUAAUGGCCAUCCAUCACACAACAGUGUGUUGCUGCACCAGAGGUAUCUAGGGGGCCACUGUGUGAAACAAAAUGCUGGACUAGAUAGACCUCAGGCCUGAUCCAGCAAGGCUGUUUUUAUGUUCUUAACUGCCUUUGCUCAAUUCCAGUGUUUGUUGAAAAAUGCACUCGAGCAACUGUGUAAACACUUUUUAAAGACGUGAUGGGAGGCGGCACAUCAUGUCAACCAGUAGUUAUGAUCUAUUUAUUGUGGCUGGGGGUGAUGGGAGUUGUAGUUCAAUAGCUGGAGAGCCAAGAUUGCCUACCCCCUGCUCUCUAGCGCAUCUGUCUGUAGAACUGGACACCAAUUGCCCAGACAUUGCAUCUUAUUUGAGGUCAUGGUCUUGGCAGACAAGCUGAGCUGUCUGCAGCCAUUCAUACUCUACUGAAGUGUAAUAUAAUUCUGUUCCCUUAUGUUACCCACGGCAGUGUUUUUAAUACUUGGAAACUAAGCGCACAAUUUGUGUGAGUGUGUGAAGUGGUGCUGUUGCAGAGAAUUGUAUUGAUGGCUUGGACAGGGCGAGCGAGGCUUGGUCUACGCAUGCAGCAGAACGAGAUGAAAGAGUGGACUGCAUCACUUCCAGUUGCAGGUGGGGAGAAUGCCAUUUUUUUAAUGCUCCCGCAUAUAAAAACUCCCUAUGUUAAAGGGGAAAAGAAAAACCACUAGCACAGCAACUCUAGCCUAAGCGAACCCCACUAGCUUUCUCCUUGCAGAUAAUGUUUCAUAGAAUAAUUCAAACACGUGACCUCUCACUUGCCACAUGUAGUGGCACUCUCUGUUCUACCAUUUUGUUCCAUGUGUAGGCCAAGCCCAACUCAGCAGCCCUCUUUGCUAUAUGAACAUUGACCUGAAAGUUGCUUUUUCUUUAUAUUAUUAUGUGUUUUUUAACACGAUUGAUUGUAUCGUUUCAAGUAAAGAAACAUAAAUGGAAUACCAAAA